AAAACCUGCACCCACGUCAGCCCUCGGCUUUACCAAAAUUGUCGCAUACGUGUCCACGCUCCCGUCUUAAAACACAGGAAGGCGCUGAACUGAACAGAACGUCUGCGGGCAUGUACUCGCCUCAGAACUUUCGCUCGAGACACGCUACGGCACGAGGAUCAAGCAGCUGCAAGACGGCAGGAGGCAAAGAGUCGACACAAGCGCCGGAUUUGCUUUCAGCCGUGGAGUUAAACCCAGAAUUACUCUGUCAGUUGAACCCCUUUCCAUGAUAUCCUAAUCAUAAAAUAGCCAGAGGCAGUGAAAUUACCCCUCUGGUGUGAAAACAAGACUGCUGGGCAAAUCAGUGGUGAAACGAGCACCCAGGUGGGAGGAGGGACAGGAUGAAAACAGAGGAGACCCAGUCCUGUCUUCAGCAGGGGCCUUCAGCCACACCUUUUGGCUCGGAGCACGGGGGCGCCGGGGGCGAGGUGUGCGCCGGGUGCGAGUCGCCCAUCGCCGACCGCUUCCUGCUGCGCGUGAACGAGCGCUCGUGGCACGAGGCCUGCGUGAAGUGCGCCGUGUGCCUGAGCACGCUCAGCGGGACCUGCUACUGCCGCGACCGUCUGCUGUACUGCAAGCACGACUACGAGAAGCUGUUUGUGCGGAAGUGCAGCGCCUGCCUGCAGGUGAUUGGCCGGUCGGAGCUGAUCAUGCGGGUGCUGGGGCAGGUGUAUCACCUGGACUGCUUCAGCUGCUGCGAGUGCGAGCGUCGCCUGCAGCGCGGCGACCAGUUCGUGCUGAAGGAGGGCCAGCUGCUCUGCCGCGGCGACUACGAGAAGGAGAGGGAGAUGCUGUCCGCCAUCAGCCCCGCCCCCACCGAGUCAGUGAAGAGUGAGGAUGAGGAGGGAGGGAGCAACUCCGCAGGGAAGGGCGAUGAAGGGAAGGAGCACAAGCGCUCCAAACGGCCGCGCACCAUCCUCACCACCCAGCAGCGCCGCGCCUUUAAGGCCUCCUUCGAAGUGUCCUCCAAACCCUGCCGCAAAGUGAGAGAGACACUGGCUGCAGAAACAGGACUGACGGUGCGAGUUGUGCAGGUGUGGUUCCAGAACCAGAGAGCCAAGAUGAAGAAAAUUGCACGUCGACAGCAGCAACAGCAGCAGCAGGAGCAGGAGCAGCUGGGCGGAGCCAGGAGAGGUUCCAGGAGCGGGGGCCGACAGAGCAACGAUGACAGCGAGGAUGGAUCCAGUGGUCAUGCACUAGAGGGCCUAAUGGCAUACUCCUCGUUGCCACGGCAGCAGCUCCUUGCCUUGGAUCCCAACAUCUACGGAGGCGAACCAUUCCGCCACGGGCUCACUCCCCCUCAGCUGGGCCCAGACCAGCUGCACUCCUAUGAUUCAGAGACAGUGUUCCAUGAUUUGGACAGCGAUGGAAGCCUGAGUCACCUUGGUGAUUGUCUCCUGGCGACAGCAGAUGGGAGUCUCCUGACGGGGAGGGUGGGAAACCCCAUUGACCGCCUCUACUCCAUGCAGAACUCCUACUUCACCUCCUGACCCCUUAACUUCUGACCCCCGACCCCACCACAAACCCACACACCGAACUAGGUGCAGCUAAAGCAUGUUGUCCCACAAAACCAGGACCUGCAGAAACUUCCAAAACUCAUCUCACUGGUGUCCAUUUAGAUUGGGCUCAUCUCAUUGGUGUCCGUUCGGACAGAACAUCAUCUACUGGUGUCUGUUUGGACAGGGCGUAUGUCACUGGUGUCCAUUUAGACAGAACUUCUUUGACUGGUGUCCAUUUAGACGAGACUCAUCUCACUGGUGUCCAUUAAGACAGGACUCAUCUCACUGGUGUCCAUUUAGAUUGGGCUUAUCUCAUUGGUGUCCAUUCGGACAGAACAUCAUCUACUGGUGUCCAUUUAGACAGGACUCCUCUCACUGGUGUCCAGUUAGACGGGGCUCAUCUCAGUGAUAAUUGUUUAGACAUUAGCCGGAUUCAGUAUAAUGUAGUAUGUUACAUAAUGAGGGUCUAAUGACCUUGGAACCUGGUGACCCGAUUCAAAGGCUCAUGUGAUUUGGGUCUCAGCUCUCAUGUUGUACUUCACCACUUCACAUGAAAUUCACCCUCUUUGUGGAUUAUAUAAAAUGGCAGCUGCUCGCUGCUACACUGGAGCACCUUGGUUCUGUGUAACUGAGACAGAACGGAUAGACGUUCUCCAUGUUCUUGCCACCUGUAUCAUUGAGCGCAUCCUUCCCAGCAUACCCUGGGAAAGCUCAUUUUACACGUGUGCUUGCAUGCUUCACCCGCUGAAUGGUGUUCUCAGUGUCUGAUCUGCUGACCAGGGUUAAAAUGCCAAAUCCCCAGCAGACAUGUGCACACACCUACACCCGCUUCAGAGUCACAGCUUGGAGAUGGACCACCAGUAACGCCUCAGCGAGGUCACAGAGUACCUCCCGGGAAUGGAUCGACACAAUAAUCUCGACCCGACUCUCACCUCAAAACUCACCCAAAAUCGAAAUCUCAGCUCAAAAAAAAAAUUCUCAGCCAAAAAAUUUUCCCCGGUUUUUCCCCCCAAAAAUCUCAAUCUCAAAUUCUCAGUGAAAAAAUGUGUUCAGGAUGCCUUGAAAACCUUGGGAGGGUCCACGUGUUGUGGGGGGCUGGGGGGUGGGUAAUGAAAGCUCACCUGUUUACCUGAAGUGGCGCGUCUCCCUCGACUACGGGGCUGGGGAGGCAGCAGUGAAACGGAGGCGAAAAUCUUACCGUGAAACUCACCGCUGGUCCGUUUUUGUGUUUGCUCUCUGAAGAAAGAGGUCCUAAAAGGCGCUAUUCUGUCUCCACAGAGGAACUCCGUCGAAUUAAAGAGUUCUUUGUCGGGCAAAACAGUUCAGUCUGAGAGCCUAUACAGUUUCCACACCUACGUUGGAGGGCUCCAUAAAGAACUAAAAAGGGUUUUUCCGUUUGGUGUCAAGCCAAAGAACCCCUUCUUCUGAGAGUGUAUUUAGUUUGACUGACAAGGAUGGCAGUUAUCUGAAUAAUCCAUUGGCAAGUACGCAGAUGAGGAAUUUUAUCUUUCUUCACAUCACGUUGCACGAUGGAAAUUAUUAGGAGGAUUUCGAUUCGGUAAACUCAAGUUUCAUCGCUGCAAAGUUUUGAAUCCUCACGGAUCAAAUUAACAUAUCUCGCAUCGUCAGUAUUCCAAAAGGAAGAAUUCGGAAUACAGCUAUCCAAAAAUGUUUUAAUGAUCUGUUGGUGGAAGAGAACACUGCGUGUGUCUGUGAGGUAAAAAAAAAAAAAAACGAGGCUACCACCUUUCCUGCUGUCGCUGGCAGUUAAACAUUGCCCUCACAAAAAUCGAGUAAACAGGGUUAUUCAGGUCACAGGGUCGUUCAGAGAGCAAGGCUCCAGGGUAACAGGGUCAUUCAAAUAGAAAAGUGUACUGGACAGAGUUGUCCCCCAUAGAAUUGUUUUAUUUUUUUGAUGCGAUACUGUGAAUUGUACACACAAAAAAAAGACAAAAAAAAAAUUGUUUGAUUUGAAGGGGCGUCAACCACUACAGCAACAGUAAAGAGUAAAUAUGAUAGUAUGUUUGGGAUGUAUAAUAAAUCAAUGUUUUAUUAUUACGAUUAUUAUUAUUGUUGUUGUUGUUGUUGUUGUAAUAAUUACUACUGUAAAUGCUAAUGUCAUUGUUCAGAUUUGGACUUGACACCCCUUUAAAAACACACUUUGUUAGGUAUUUAUUAUACUCUUACUGUGGGUGUGUGUUGAGGUUCUUUGAUGUCGGAGUAUUUAUGUUUCAGCAUGAUGUAAUGUGACAUUGACACACAGCAUUUAGGCCUGGAGCUCCACCCCAAACACGACGUUUACACCAGGGAUCUGAGGCCAUACCAUCACGGCCUCUUCCUGCGGUACCGUAGACCAGGAGAAACCCACUAAGACCUCCUCCUGUACCGUAGACCAGGAGAAACCCACUAAAACCUCCUCCUGUACCGUAGACCAGGAGAAACCCACUAAAACCUCCUCCUGUACCGUAGACCAGGAGAAACCCACUAAGACCUCCUCCUCUACUGUAGACCAGGAGAAAUACACCGCAACGGUCCUCCUCUACGGUAGACCAGGAGGAACCCACUGCAAGCCUCCUCUUCUACAGUAGAGAAAGGGAGACCCACUGCAAACCUUCUCCUCUACAGUAGACCAGGAGGAACCCACUGCAAGCCUCCUCUUCUACCGAAGAACAGGAGAAGCCCAUUGCAACCUCUUUCUCUACUGUAGACAAGGGUCUUCUUGUGCAUUAGAUGGAAUAAUGGGUAACACGUUCAUUAGAUGUUAUAAAGCCAACGUAACGCUGCCAAAAUCACGAUGUAAGACCUGUCAUUACCAGUCACAACAGUGUAGUGCAGCUGUCGCAGCGUCACUGUCAAAAUGCACCAAAUUUUAGGAAGCAGACUUCCCGCUGUUAUAACAUGAUUGUGGUGCACGUUGUGUCAGUGUAAUGACACUGAUCGCAAGCUGUAAUAAGCUGUCAUGACUGGUCUGUGACAGGUGUUAUGCCAAGCUUAUUGGCAGUGUUUGUAGUGGAGUCCCGGUUGGGGUGGGGACUCUGAAGCCUGCGGCCCUCACUGUUCUGCUGAUUUUUUUCCCCCCUCAUAUUUUCAAUAUAACCUGAAACACUGAGUCGCCGCUUUGAUCUCCUGCCUUUAUUUUUCUGUCUGUAUGACUGAACCCAGCGUGCUCCGUAUCCCUCCACACACACACACACACACACACACCGUCAUGCCCACUUCAACUCAUGUACACACACAUACACUCGAGCACAAAUACAUAUGCGUACAUACAUACACACAGUACACGCACACACACAGAUAUGCAUAGAGUUUCUCUCUCCAGUUUUUAAUAAGUGAUCCAAAAAGUCUGGAACAUCCAGGAUUCCAGUAAAAGAAUUGAACCCCCCCCCCCAAUCCCUCCCCUUCUCUCUGUAGCCAGAGCUCAUAACUCAACACUCUCCUUCAUCUCUCCCCCCCUUUCCCAGAGAGAGAGAGCGCACACAUUCCUGUGGUUAAUAUUAUACUGAGUCACAAUCCCUGGGAUGGAUGGACAAAGAGUGUGUAUGUGUGUGUGUGUGUGUGUGUGUAAAGUGGCAUCAAAGAAAAAAAUCAUAGACAAAAGGGAAAAAUUGUUUGAUGUUUUUCUAUUAUUUUUGAUGAAGGAGUUUGUCAGGUUGCACUAAUUCGAUCACAUACACAUGCACAGUUUUGUCAAUCACAUUUUAUGUUUCCUGAAUGGAUAUUGCACUGGUGAGAGAAGACAUUUCUCCUCAGCUUAAGAAAACGGGGGGGAGGAAUAGAGAGCGAGAGAGAGAGAUAGAGAGAGAGAGAGAGAGAGAGAGAGGGAGGUCAAGCAGGCAGAACCUUGUAAACUCCACUUUAAUGAAAAGAAUUCCCAUGAUACUUCAGGAAAGACGGGGGGCGGGGUUGGGCGGAGGAACUCUUCCCGUUGUACUGACACCUAAAUAUAACAUGAGCAAUGUAAAUGACAGCAGCAGCAACACAAAAAAACAC